UCGAUGAGCUUAAACCUUCACUGAAAAAUUCGAAAGAAAGAGAGAUCCAGUCAGGGAAAACUUGUCCUGAAGUUGAAGACAAAAGAGACUCGGCUUUAUAUUCAGCUAGAAGGAGAAUUCCAUUUGAUAAAAUAAGAAAAUGCUACAAAAAACUAUGCACGGAAAAGCAAAGAGUGAGUUUCAAUGAUUACUUGAUGGGGGUUCUCUCUGUUUCUCUCGACAAAUGGUACAAGGUCCAUGGAGUCCAAGGUGCAGAGAAAGUGAUCACUUUUGGAUCCAUCAAUACAAGACCUCCCCCAAAGAAAUUCGAAGAGAUUAAGAUCCAAAAUGAAAGUGUUGGAAUAAAAUUUAGGUUACCUAUCAGAAAUAACCUAGAGACAGCUAUUGAGUGUUGUAGAACAAAUUAUCACAGCUUUUUAAGCACCUUUGCUAUUUUGAGCUACAAGUCAAUGGGAUAUCUCAUCAACCUCCUCCCAGAAUAUCUAGCCAUUAAAGUAAUAGAUGGAAUAGUAAAUGACAUGCAAAUGGUAUUUUCGAACAUCCCAUUCUCUUCAGAGCCUUGGUACCUAUGUAAUAGAGAAGUAUCCAAGCUCGGUGCAUUUUCUAAUGUGUACUACAACCUCAAGGUCUUUUUUGUAGCAAUGACUUAUAAAGAAGAACUCAGAUUGACAUGAUCAGCAAAUGCUCAGCUAAAAAUGGACCCACAGCUCCUCCUUGAUUAUGCUUUGGACUUUAUCGAGGAAGAUAUUCGUAAGGUUGAGGAAGGAUCUGGACAUUUAAAGACAGAAUAA